AUGCCGACACGACCCACCGCGCUGAAGGCAACGACGGCGUACCGGAGGAAGGAGAAAAAGACGAAGAAGGCGGUGACGAGCGACACGAAGCGGAACCCCUCGUCCGCUUCACCGGCGCUACAGCAGCCACAGCAACAACCGAAAGACACUAAAAGAGAGUCGCUGCAAAAGGCGCUGGCAGCAGCUCUUUCCGCACCAGCCGCGGGCAUCCACUCAGGCCCCGGCGCGGAGGUGGACGAUUACGGUAAAGGCAGCCCCACGGACCGGCUGCAGUUUGGCUACGCACCUUCCAACGCCGCGGAGGCUGUUGCAUUUCAUUCUUCCAUUCCUGCGGCAAAGUGGAUUGCGCAGCGGCGCAAGCAGGCCCGCCACGCUAUUUUUAAGAAACAAAAACUUUCGCGGCCUAACUGCGAGCCGAUGACCUCACUGCUCAAACUAAAGCAACACUGGAGGAACACGGCGCAGUUUGUAGCAGAGGUGCGUGGCGGCAGCGUGGGGCAGGACUCGGCGGAGGAGCUCCUGGAGCUCUUUGUGUCGCAACAACGCGUGGCGUAG